UCCCCGAGCGCGGCGCGGCCGGCCGCUGAGCGCAGCCCGGAGGCUGCAGGCCCGACCCGGCCUCGGAGCGAAAGCCGCCGCGGCCUGGGUCCCCUCGCCCAGCCUGCGCCCCGCCGCCGACGCUGCCGCCCGGCCCGAGCAUGGAGACGGCGGAGAAGGAGUGCGGCGCCCUGGGAGGGCUCUUCCAGGCCAUCGUCAACGACAUGAAGAGCUCCUACCCCAUCUGGGAGGACUUCAACUCCAAGGCCACAAAGCUGCAUUCCCAGCUGAGGACCACUGUGCUGGCUGCUGUGGCCUUCCUGGAUGCCUUCCAGAAAGUGGCUGACAUGGCCACCAACACCCGAGGGGCCACGCGGGAUAUCGGCUCGGCGCUCACGCGCAUGUGCAUGCGCCACCGCAGCAUCGAGACCAAGCUGCGGCAGUUCACCAAUGCGCUCCUGGAGAGCCUCAUCAACCCACUGCAGGAGCGCAUCGAGGACUGGAAGAAGUCGGCCAACCAGCUGGACAAGGACCACGCAAAAGAGUACAAACGAGCCAGGCAUGAGAUCAAGAAGAAAUCUUCAGACACGCUGAAGCUGCAGAAGAAAGCACGCAAAGGGAAAGGAGACCUGCAGCCCCAGCUGGACAGUGCCCUGCAGGACGUGAACGACAUGUACCUGCUGCUGGAGGAGACGGAGAAGCAGGCGGUGCGCCGGGCCCUGAUUGAGGAGCGUGGCCGCUUCUGCACCUUUAUCACCUUCCUGCAGCCUGUGGUGAACGGCGAGCUGACCAUGCUGGGAGAGAUCACCCACCUGCAGGGCAUCAUCGAUGACCUGGUGGUGCUGACCGCAGAGCCACACAAGCUGCCCCCCGCCAGCGAGCAGGUAAUCAAAGACUUGAAGGGCUCAGACUACAGCUGGUCCUACCAGACCCCACCCUCAUCGCCCAGCAGCUCCAGCUCCCGGAAGUCCAGUAUGUGCAGCGCCCCCAGCAGCAGUAGCAGUGCCAAGGGUGGCGGAGCCCCGUGGCCUGGGGGUGCCCAAACAUACUCACCUGGUUCCACCUGUCGCUACCGCAGCCUGGCACAGCCGGCCACCGCCAGCGCCCGCCUCUCCAGCGUCUCCUCCCACGACUCUGGCUUCAUCUCCCAGGAUGCCACCUACUCCAAGCCCCCCUCGCCCAUGCCUUCAGACGUCACCAGCCAGAAGUCCUCCAGCUCAGCAUCCUCCGAGGCCUCGGAAACCUGCCAGUCCGUCAGCGAGUGCAGCUCCCCUACCACGGACUGGGCCAAGGCCGGCCCCCACGAGCAGCCCUCAGGCAGCACCCUGCAGCGGAGGAAGGACCGAGUGGAGCUCCUCCGAGACACAGAGCCAGGCCCGGCUGUCGGGGGCACCCUGGGCCCCAGUGGAGAGGAGGCCCCACGACCCCGCAUGUCCCCUGCCACCAUCGCAGCCAAGCACGGUGAGGAGGUGUCCCCCGCGGCCAGUGACCUGGCCAUGGUGCUGACCCGCGGCCUGAGCCUGGAGCACCAGAAGAGCAGCCGGGACUCCCUGCAGUACUCGAGCGGCUACAGCACACAGACCACCACGCCCUCCUGCUCCGAGGACACCAUCCCCUCCCAAGGCUCCGACUACGACUGCUACUCAGUGAACGGGGACGCAGACGGGGAGGGCCCACCCGAGUUCGACAAGUCAUCCACCAUCCCUCGCAACAGCAACAUCGCCCAGAACUACCGCCGCCUGAUCCAGACCAAGCGCCCGGCCUCCACUGCGGGGCUGCCCACUGCCGGGCUGCCCACCACCUCGGGCGCACCCCCUGGCGUGGCCACCAUCCGCCGCACGCCCUCCACCAAGCCCGCCGUGCGCCGCACCCUCUCCAGUGCCGGCCCCAUCCCCAUCCGGCCGCCCAUCGUCCCCGUGAAGACGCCCACGGUGCCCGACUCCCCCGGCUACAUGGGGCCCACACGGGCGGGCAGCGAGGAGUGCGUCUUCUACACCGACGAGGCCGCCUCGCCCCUGGCCCCGGACCUGGCCAGGGCCUCCCCGAAGAGGCUCAGCCUGCCCAACACAGCCUGGGGCAGCCCGUCCCCCGAGGCCGCCAGCUACCCGGGGCCGGGGCCCGGGCUGGCGGCUGAGGGCGACGAGCAGCAGCAGCAGCAGCUGGCUGCCAACCGGCACAGCCUGGUGGAGAAGCUCGGGGAGCUGGUGGCAGGUGCCCACGCCCUGGGCGAGGGCCAAUUCCCCUUCCCCACUGCCCUGUCGGCCACCCCUGUGGAGGAGACUCCCACCCCGCCCCCCGCUGCCACCAGCGACCCCCCGGCUGAAGACAUGCUGGUGGCCAUCCGGCGCGGGGUGCGGCUCCGCAGGACCGUCACCAACGACAGGUCGGCGCCCCGCAUCUUGUGAUCCCACCCUCUGGCCCGGGCGAGGCAGGUGGCCUGGUCGGUGGGCAGCGGCCACUUCAGAGCAAAGGCACAGUCAGGAGAGAGCAGAGCCAGGCAAGCUUUUUUUUUUUUUUUUUUUGAAGUCAUAUGAGGCAAAGCUACUUUAUUGGAAAGAGACACCCAUCUUGGAUUUCAAGGUUUAAACAGGAAAUGACUUCUUUAACAAACCUCGCCAGGACGGAGCCUGCGGGUCUGGAACUUGGAUUUGGAGCCUGUUUCAACCUUUGCUUGCCCACUCUGUCCCUC